AUGGACUUCAUCUCCGGCUGGACGGGAGGAGCCUUCGGCACGCUGCUGGUGCACCCACUGGAUACGAUCCGCACCAGGCAGGCCGUGCACGGCCUCGGGCUACUCCCGACACUUCGGGGGAUCCUCCAGCGCGAGGGCUUCGCGUCGCUUUACAGCGGCGUCUUCAGCCCUUGCCUGACCUCGGGAGUGUGGAAGGGGGUUACCAUGACGGCGCACUACCAGACGCAGCAGCUGCUGUCAAAAUACCGCGGCCUGCCCAGUGCGCAGGACCUCUCGGUGCUGGACGUGGCUGUUUGUGCCAGUGUUGCGGGAAUGGCUGGCGGCAUGGUCGUCGCGCCUGCUGAGCUCAUUAAGAGCCGCACGCAGAUAUGUGUCGAGGGCACCAGCAACCCAUACCAGAAGGAACUCAAGCAGGUCGCUGCGCUCAUGAAGCCCGGGGCCUGGACCAAGGCCUUCCGUGGAGCGCCCUUGAUCGUGCUUCGUGACGGCCCUGGAACAUUUGUGUACCUCGGCGUCUACGAGUACGCGAAGCGCCGCCUCGAGAGCUUGAGCUGGCCCGCGUGGUCGAAGACCGCUCUGGCCGCCUCCGUCGCCGGGCCCAGCGGAUGGGUGGCCAUUUACCCAAUCGAAGUGCUUCGAAUCCGAUUCCAGGGCGAGCUGGGCUGGCAGUCCUACACAGAGGUCUGCCAGCACAUCUACAAGCAGCACGGCUUGCCCGGCUUCUUCCGUGGCAUGGGAACAUGCCUAAUUCGUUCGAGCUUCCAAAUAUCCUGCACGCUUGUAAUCUUCGAGUCCAUGCGGGCAUGGCGUUGA